CCGCGCCGGCGGCUCGCUGCGCAAGGCCGCCGCCGAGGCCGCCGCCGCCGGGGCCCGCGUCUUCGCCGACCUCUACGCCCUCGGGGGCGCCUCCCUGCCGGACCCGCUGGACGACGAGGAUAGGACCAAGUGCCCGCACUCCAUCGUGCUCGCCGGCGACGACUUCCGCGCCCGGGGGCGGACCGUGGAGCUGCCGUGCGGGCUCACGCUCGGGUCAUACAUCACCGUCGCCGCCACGCCCUACGCCGCGCACCCCGAGCGGGACCCCAAGAUCGCGCAGCUCAGGGAGGGGGAGGAGCCCCUCAUGGUCUCCCAGUUCAUGAUGGAGCUGCAGGGGCUUAAGACGGUGGACGGCGAGGACCCGCCCAGGAUCCUCCACUUCAACCCCCGCCUCCGCGGCGACUGGAGCGGCAAGCCCGUCAUCGAGCAGAACACCUGCUACCGCAUGCAGUGGGGCACCUCGCUCCGAUGCGAGGGAUGGAUGUCCCGUGCCGACGAGGAGACUGUGGAUGGGAUGGUCAAGUGUGAGAAGUGGAUUCAGGACGAAGAUCAGUCCAACGAGUCUAAGACGACAUGGUGGUUGAAUCACCUCAUUGGCCGCACCAAGAAGGUUUCUAGUUCUUGGCCAUACCCAUUUGUGGAGGACCGCCUCUUCGUUCUUACUCUCACCGCUGGAUUGGAGGGAUAUCAUGUGAAUGUUGAUGGCCGGCAUGUGACGUCAUUCCCGUACCGCAUCGGGUUUGGGCUUGAGGAUGCUACUGGCCUAUCAUUGAAUGGGGACCUUGAUGUGCAAUCAGUGUUUGCGGGGACUCUGCCCACUACACAUCCUAGCUUUGCACCGCAGAAACACCUCGAGAUGUUUCCAGCUUGGCAGGCCCCUCCCCUACAAGAAGAACCAGCCGAGAUAUUCAUCGGCAUCCUGUCAGCUGGCAACCAUUUUGCAGAGCGUAUGGCUGCUCGCAAGACAUGGAUGUCUGCUGCCCAGAAGACUUCUAAUGUCGUCGCUCGAUUUUUUGUUGCGCUGCAUGCCAGAAAGGAAGUGAAUCUAGAGUUGAAAAAGGAAGCAGAAUAUUUUGGGGACAUUGUCAUUGUGCCAUUCAUGGACAGCUAUGAUUUGGUUGUUCUGAAGACGGUUGCGAUAUGCGAAUAUGGGGUCCGCGCCGUCUCUGCAAAAUAUAUAAUGAAGUGUGAUGAUGAUACUUUUGUUAGACUUAAUGCAGUAAUGGCUGAAGUUAAGAAAAUACCGACCGGUAGAAGUUUUUAUAUAGGGAACAUGAAUUAUCGCCACAAUCCAUUGCGCAUUGGGAAAUGGGCUGUUACUUACGAGGAGUGGCCAGAAGAGGAUUAUCCAACAUAUGCAAAUGGUCCUGGAUAUGUUAUAUCUGCUGAUAUCGCAGAUUCCAUUGUUUCAGAAUUUACAGAUCAUAAAUUAAGGCUCUUCAAAAUGGAAGACGUGAGCAUGGGAAUGUGGAAAAGCUUAGAUGAAAUGAUACUGUUACUUUUUGAGUGGCUGAUUGUGGUUAAUGGUCGUGAACAACCCAUCAGGCACAGAAGAGCAAUCUUGCGAGUUUACAAUCAAUUAUAUCUGUCUCUACCGAUGAACAUGGCACUAUUUUCUGUCAGCACUAGUCUAGCACGGCCUCGGCUUGGCCGACUUUGUGUGGCCAAGGUCACAGAUCAAAUGGAUGCGGAGAAUCGUGAUACAAAAUUUGAUCAAUCCCAACCCUCCAGCUUGUCAAGGAAGAAAGUAAUCCGGGCUGAAAGCUACACCGCGAGUGAUGACAUUGUUGUUAUGGACGAUGGUGAAGAUGAUGAUGGUGAUGGAGAGGAAAUGGUGCCUAGAGGUCCCGCUCCUGCCUCUGACAUGGGUCGACCUGAAAAGAGGAAGUGGUUGAAUAAAUAUAACGAAAAAGUAUAUUAUGAAGGUUGGGAUAUGGUGACUCUGAGUUUGCACGUCACCUGGCCAUCUUUCAAAAUAUUACGGAUCAGGCUUCAUAUGCAAUAUGACGACUACAAAUAUGGCAACUUAGUUAGAGUUGCUCUUAGCCACAUUAAGUCAGCCAGUCCGGGGAGCUAG